CGGGUUUGAAGUUCUUAUUGCUUUCAACCGGAAGUGUCGCCAUUAGGAAAAGAUUUUUUCAUUUUUCGUGUUUCAGCAAGUCAUCAAUUUUGUGUGAUUGUUAAUUAAUGAACAGAUUGUCGGCUGUGUAGCACAAGAUGGAGGAUGAGGAUGAUAAACCAUUUGUGUGUUCAGCUCCUGCUUGUGGACAGAAAUUCACUAAUGAGGAUCAUCUGGCUGUUCACAUGAGGAAACAUGAGAUGUCUCUAGCCCUGAACAUGGGUACAGGCCUCACCCCAGGGUCAGGAAAGUCACCCCUCUCUGGUCUUAUGCCCCCGGGUCUAUUUUUGGAUCAAACCCCCACACCUACAAAAUUCCUGAAGAACUGUGAAGAGAUAGGAUUGUUUAAUGAAUUAAAAAAUCCGUUUGAAGAGGCAUUUAAAAAGGCAUUGGAUACAGAACCUCAAACUGAUACCCCUAGUGCUGCUGUCCUCCCCGGCCCCGACUCCAAUGAACUCAACACCCCAGUCCCCCCCAUCCCCCGCACGGUGGAGGACCUCUCCAGUGAUAAAAGUAAAUUGUGUGAAACGUCUACAAAAACAGAUCUGACCUCACUAGUGCUAAACCGACUGAAGAGAGAGAGGGCGUCAUCUGGACCGACGUCUACGACUGUGUCUGACGAUGACAUGGUGAUAAUAUCAUCCGGAGCGUCCAAGGAGAAAAUCAGUAAACUGGUUCCCACUGCUCUGAACAUUCCCAGUCAAGUGGAGGCUGAGAGUUCCGUGCCCUCCAGUCGCAGUUUUACAUUGGUCACGGCAGCUCAGUCCACCACUGUAUCUCCUCCCCGCUCCUCUGAGGUGCAGGCCCCAACCAUAUCCACCCCACCCCAGAACACCAUGCAGGUCUUCCUACAGCUCCCCAAUGGCCAGACAGUCCCCGUACAGAUCCCAGCCAGCACCCCUGCAGGAUUCCAGGUUGUUCAACCAAGCAUAAUGACCAGUCGAGUGGAACAGGCAGCGAUAAACACAGCUCUACAACCUCAGACUGUUAUACUACCGGCUCAGACAGUAGUAUCAGCACAAUCCCAGACAAACCUCACCAAACAGAGAUUAAAAGCAGCAAUCCAGUCACAGACUAUUCCCUCUCCCGUCAGCAAGCACUCCCCCCAGGGGUACACCACAAUCCAGAUAUCCCCGGGGGUCAGGCAGACCACCCCUCCCAUCAGCUUACAGAUAUCUCCAGACAUUACACCAGGGAUUCCCAGUGUAGAGGCCAUUUCACCUCAGUCCUUUGAAAGCAUUAAAUCAGAAAUGCCCUCGCCUGGGGCAGCAGAUUCCACUGUUAACAUUAAGCGAUCAAGAUUAGAGGAUGACGAAGGAGAUGACAGGAGAAAGAAGUUCCUUGAGAGAAAUCGCGCCGCCGCGGCUCGAUGUCGACAGAAGAGAAAGAACUGGAUCACCAACCUGGAGAAAAAGGGAGACGAACUCCAGACUACAAACAACAAACUCCAGACUGAGGUCAAUUCACUGAGAGCAGAAGUAGCCCAGUUGAAGACCUUGCUCCUGGCACAUAAAGAUUGUCCUGUGACAGUGCAGCAGAGGUCACAAGGACAAAUCCCACUGUCAUUAGCAUUGACAGACCAUGUAGUCACAGCUACCCAGUCAACCUCUGUGGCCCCUAACGUGACAGAACUGGCAGGGGCCACAUCCACCCCCUCCAAGGAACUGAUAGAGUCCCUGACCAGUGCAGGACUUAUCCCAGGGGCAAUCGUCAAGACCAUGGACACCGGCUUGAUCACCACUCAGAUUGUAGGUCAACCAGCGUCACAACCCACCACCAUCACCCUGAACCAUCCGGCUCUGACCGGAAAUAACCAGAAAAUCUACACCAUUAUUCCGAAAGUAAUCAAAACUGAACCACCCCAGCUGAAGAAAUAACCCUGGUACAUCAGUAGGUUUUCUACUGAUGGGAUAUUAAAUAAAACUGUUUAGACACCAAUCAGUCAUGAACGAGUGAAUGAGAAAGAGUAUUAACUUGUUAAUGUUUGUAAAAAUUAAAUCGUUUGUUUAUAGAUAUUUUGCCUCUUGUUUAAAAGCAUGGUUAUUGAUUUUAAAUAUAAGAGAAUAAUAGAAUUUUUUUUAUUUGGAAUGUGUGAUAUUCAUACACUAUAUCUUCAUUAUUUUUUUUUUUUACAUUAAUUUAAUUUGAUAUUUAAAUUUUAUACUUGCUUUGUUGUAACCUUUUUUUUAUUAUUCAUUAAUACAUCAAGUAUUGUUCAUUUUUUUUCUGUACAUGGGUAUUACCAGUUUCGUGCAAUGCAUGUUUAUAUCAUUUGUACGUGGUAUUGAGUGUUUUGUUUUGUUGUGUGAUAUUGAUCAUCUUGCAAAUCCAUUUUUAAUCAGUAAUUAAUUAGGAAAUUAAUUAGUUUAUCUAACAGUAGCAAUACAUGUACUUCUGCCAUAUAAGACAUAUCCCGG